CCGAGCAUCACUGCAGGGAACAGACUCUACCUCACCACAGUGUCUUUGACAGAGAACAGCAGCAGGAUGACUCUAGCAGCAUACAGAGAGAAGAUGCGAGAGCUCCCCCUGGUGUCUCUCUUCUGCUCCUGCAUCCUCCCUGAACUCAAAGAGACCACGGCCGACAAGAAAGAAGCAGGCGUGGUGGACUUGAACUUAUGCAACAUUCGGGACAUGGAGGUGAUCGAGCUGAGCAAGAGGGCAAGUGGUCAGGCCUUCGAGGUCAUCCUGAAGCCACCAACCUUCGAUGGUGGACCUGAGCUGAGGGCGACCACACCGCCUCGUGGGAAACCCUCAUUGGAAGAGAUUCAGAAGAAACUGGACGCUGCCCAGGAGAGGAGGAAGUGUCAGGAGGCCGAGCUGCUGAAGCACCUGGCUGAGAGGCGGGAGCACGAGCGUGAAGUCGCUCAGAAAGCGCAGACCAAAGAGCGUCAGGAGCAUCGCGCUGACGCUGACAAGGAGCAGAGGCAGAUGCACCUGAACGCCUCACAGGAGAGGCUGCAGGAGGAGGACAAGCACAGUGUGGAGGUGUCUUGAUGGCCUGAUCACAACACAAGCUGAACUUCAUUUGGAAGCCAUUUUGGAGGGCUGAUGGUUGCCGUAAACCAGGCGCUGCCCUGACUUGGAGUUUUAAUGGAAGAGACUCUGAAACGAGCAAGAGAAGGAGACAAAGAGGAGGACUGAGGAGGAGUCUCCUCUGUUAAACCAGGACUCUUCAUGAGAGAAACUCUUUAUCUCAAGAGAAACAUUUGGAACUGGAGAAAGCUGCAGAUUCAGUCAUCACUAGAUGGAUCACAGGGGUUUAACUGUGCUUUGUUGCCCUGCCAACAGUGCCAUUGUGUUCAUGUAUGAGUGGUUAUGUUUGUAAAGGAUCUGACAUCUUCACAAGUCUAAAAGUUUUACCCAAACCCACCAAACAGAGCAGGAUCUGAACCUUGAGGAGCUGUGAGACGCACUUCUCUGUUCUAACUUCCAAAUUAAGAGAUCCCCCGGAGAAUGAGAGGAGGCUGGACUGCCUCAAAGAGUGCCAAAGGAGAUGAACAUGAGGUAGCCUCUGCUACCUGGAGCUGAUAUGUGUCAGUGGCCUGAUGUUCAGGACAGUUUGGAGGAUUGCACUGGCUGUUAAACAGCAUGACAAAAAGAAAUGCUUGAUGUGAAAGAGAUCAGAAUGUGGUGAUGUGGGAAAGUACAUCAGCAUCAGCAGGUGUGCCUCAGUCUCACAGAGCUGCAGGCCGUGUAAGCCAAGUAAGGGACAAGUCUGGGUAAAGAGAGGGUCCUCGCAUGACUUAGGCCCAAAAGGAAGGGUGUAAUAUCAACGAGAAUUUGUUAUAUGCAAUGUAAAGACUGAGUUUCAGACAAAUCAGAGGAUAACAGGAGGGGAGGUCAGAUCAGCUUUGAGACCCAAAUGAACUUGGUUUGAGAAUAGAAUCGAGGACAUGAUUGGUCAAAACCACAUUGAGUUAAACCACCAAAGAUGACAGAGUAAAAAUCCAAAAAGCCGACAGAUUCAAGUCCAAACAUUUAAGAUGCCAAGGCAACUUUAAUCCAGAACCCUCACUCGCUGGCCCAGUACUGGAAACCUGAGAGAGAUCAGAGCAGGGGUUCUCAACUGGUGGGUCAGGACCAGAAAAUAGGCCAUGGAGCCAGCUGCAAAUGAAGACCCUAAGCAUACAUACUGAAAUAUUUUUAUUUUACUCCAUUUUGCCAUUUUACUCCCCCCCUUUUUUAAUAUUUUGAGCUGUUUGUCUUGUUUUCUCAGGAUACGGAAGUUGGUUUCCCCAUAAUAACGUGGUUAUUUCUGGAGAUCUCUAGAAAGAAACCAAAAUAAACAUCUUAUCAAAGGAAAUGGAGUAAAAUAAACUGUAUUUGGGGAGGCUUUUUAACCCUCUGAGCCCUAAGUCUUUUAUUCACUGUUUUGUCUCCCCUGGACUUCUUGUCUUAAAAAAGCUUAUUAAAGAUCCACCCUGUUGUGCACAGCCAAACACUAAAUAUCCUUUUUUAGGACAACCUGGCCUUUGAGAGUGUGUGUGCUGCAGUAAUGUCACUUAAAAAAAAAAGUUGUGGGAAUAUAAAAACAAAAAAUCCCAGCAAAAAUUAAAGCUCAAGGAUUUAUGUGUAACACACAGUAACCAAUGAUGGCUAAGGCUUUUUUUUUUUUUUAUGCUCUAACUUGUUGUUGCAUCUGUUGGGCACCAAAAAGUGAAACAAAAAUAUUCUGAUGCAAAAAAGUCUUCAAAAUAUUCACAUAUUGACAAAAAAGUCCUUGUGCUUCUAUGUAUUUUUGCCAUCAUUCAAAACAGUUCCUGUCUGCAGAGACACAGAGGGACACGUCACAGGCUCUCUGUGUCUCUUUCUCUACAUUAUGAGCUAUUUCCUAUUCCCUGCAUGAUCUAAGUGUAAAGACAUGCACAGUUUUAUUCAGCAUGAUGCUUUUGGCUUUCACAGCCUAUCACAAAGCAUUGUGGAUUCAUGCUAGCUGCAGAAAUGAUCGAAAACUGAAUGCAAAAUGAGUGAGAAGAUGUUCAAUGUUGGAGUUACUGGUGUGGAUUUAAUAUUUAUAUACCCUGGAAAGUCACCCAUGUUCCAGGCUCACUAGAAAAGCUUCUGCAAGGACUACACAAGCAUGGAUAGCAUCAUUAGAAAGGCACAAUGGCAGGCACAACAAGGAAACCUGCGUCUCCUCUUGUCAUAUAUGACUAUGUUGGUCUCAGAGGAUUAUAAUAUUUUGGCCUCAUUUAAAGGAUGUGUUGGGUCCUGAUGACUGUCGAGUUGAGAACCACUGAUUUAGAGUGCAAAUGGAGAUUGUACUGGAGUAAGACAGUAAAACAAGAAAAAGUAAGGUUCAUUCACAUGGCUGAAAUGUGUCCAAGUUUAUAUUCAAAAAAGGUCUGAUACAGAUCCGAUGUAAUCCUGACAUACAGUGCAAGGAAAACCAGCAAUGGUAAAAGAUUACAAAAUACUCCAAUGGGUCUCAGUCAAAUGUCAAAGAGACAAUUACAAGACCUAGAGACAUGUGAAAAGGUGACAAGAAAUAAAAAAAAUUACUCCUGACUGAAGUUGUGUCCACCUGUCCUGCUUUCAUCACCGAUUUAUUUUCAUUUCCACUCUCUAAUUUUGGGUUUAUCCCAUUUCUGGAUGCCAUUUAUCCACUCAGAUGACCAGUUGGUGUAAAUGUUACAUGAUGCUGUCACAUGUCUGUAUGUCUUUCCUUUGUAAACUGGACAAAGGCACAACGAGAGUCCUGCUGCAUGUUUGUGAGACGUUAGCAUGUGAGACUUCCAUCAAUGAAAAGCUCAUGUGGCUUUUAGCUAUACAGGACAUGUCCCACAAACAUUAAACCAUGACUGAAUGAAC